CAGUUUACAACUUUCGCUUGAAACGGACGUGCGACUUGGUCCGGCUAUCGCGAGUUCGAGUGGCAAACAAUAGAGAUACAAAUAAAUAAUAAUCAAAUAAGUAAAUUAACGUGAACAAUAAGAAAUAUAUAAAAUAAAAAACCCAAACUGCCAACACUGCGUAUGCGUGAUUCGUUUAUAUGAAGCGAAGGCACAAAACCCUAUACAACGUCAAGAUGUACAAGAGAAAGGCCUAACAGUCCACAAAUAAAUAAUCUUGUGUGAUUUGCGAUAAUAAUUAGUAUUAAUAGAUAAGGGUUCAACCCAAUCAGAAUCCAAAGUUAAAGUAGAAGUCGCGUCUAGACGUCAGUGGACUUAAUUAAUUUAACACUCACCCAAUUCGGUCACAAUUGCGCCUGUUCGGGUUCACGCUGCGCCCAGACCCAGCCCCACGACCACUGCCACCCAAAAUCACCACCCCAUCAGCAACAACAAUCACAAGAACAACAUCAAGACGACGGACACCGAAGGCACAGUGGGUCACACUGCCGCAUCACCCAAGAUAUCGCGGCGCCACAGUAGAAGUGGCAGUGGCAGUGGCAGGGCGCCAAGCAUCCACAAGAAACGCAAGAACAUCUGGCCAUUUAAGAUGCGGGUGAAGGUGACCAAGCGCCUGUGGCCCCACCGACAGGCGUCCACCAAGAGCGACCGGUUCCCACAGCCAAACGAAGUAACAGAAGGUGCCUUACAAGUCUGGCGAACUUUGCCGGAGCGCAUUCGUCAGGAUCCCAGUCUCGCGUCGUUUCGCCAGGAGCACGAACGUCUACAUGGCGAUGUUGAUCCCUUGCAAGCGGAGGAAUCGGAAGUUCGUGUUCAGAAUGGACACCACGAGGAAACGGCUUUGGCUAACCAAGCCUUCACACAGAUCGGGAUUAAUGUGACAAACGAGGCGGGUCAAGUGCGAGUUCUCGAUGGCAGGGACCUGGAGAACAACAAUGACGAUCAGCAUGACGAGGGCGAACCGCAUGCCAAGAGUUUGAUCCGAAAGUAUCUAAUCUGGUUUAAGAUAGCAGUGCUGCUGGUGGUCUGGUGUGUCUUUACUGCCUUCUUGAUGUCCAACAACGAGCAUGUGGACCAGCUGAGCCUCAUAAGUGUUCCUAGGAAUAGCUCACCAAGAGUAUUUCCCAUUCCUACAUCCACUCUGCAAAGGAUUGGUCUGGGCCUGCGUGGACCAUUUAGGCUGCAGGAGAACGAGCUGGCCAUCAAUGAGAGUGUUCCACUGCCCGUGCUUCAAGUUCAGGUGAUGCGUAGCUACUUUGAUGGCGAGGGCAUGGAGAUCUACAUCGAGAAUGCCAGUCAAGUGUGGGCACUGGAUGUGGUCUAUCCGGAUCUGAUCGAUGCCACCAGGGAUACGAAGAAACAGCGUACCUUUGAGUUGAGUCCCAUUGAUCCCUUGUGGUUGGCUCAGGCCAAUCGCACGGAGUUGAGCUUUGAGUUCACCAGCAGCAUCGAUGGGGAAUUACCGCUCCAGCUGAAUGUCGAUGAAUCGCCUAUCUACAAGAGAGAUGGAGUGAUCUAUGCGGCAGUGGUUCUUUGUGGUCUCUAUGUGAUGAUCAUCUGGGAGAUUGUGAAUCGAACUUUUGCUGCCAUCAUCGCAUCCACACUAUCAGUUGGAAUUCUAGCGGCUUUGAACUCGAGACCCUCGAUGGCCACCAUUAUGGGUUGGAUCGAUGUGGAAACCCUUCUGCUGCUAUUUGGAAUGAUGAUCCUGGUGGCCAUUCUCUCCGAGACGGGAGUCUUUGACUAUCUGGCUGUUUAUGCUUAUAAGAUAACCAACGGACAUGUUUGGCCUCUCAUCAACUGUCUGUGCCUGUUCACAGCUGUCCUGUCAUCCUUCCUGGACAAUGUAACCACCGUGCUGCUGAUGACCCCGGUUACGAUACGACUCUGUGAGGUGAUGUGCCUCAAUCCAGUGCCCAUAUUGAUGUGCAUGGUCAUCUACUCGAACAUCGGUGGAGCACUGACGCCUGUGGGAGAUCCACCCAAUGUCAUCAUUGCCUCGAAUAGCUACAUAUCCAAGAAUGGCGUCAAUUUCGCUGUCUUCACCUUGCACAUGUUGCCCGGAGUUCUCCUGGUGAUGGUGCAGACAUAUAUCCAGUUGCGCUUUAAGUUCCGCAACAUUAGUGAUCUGCAGUUCAAGGACUCUCCGGAAGUGGAGGAACUGCGUCACGAGAUCCAUGUAUGGAAGCGAGCAGCUGCAAGCUUAUCUGCCUAUUCCAAAGAUGAGGAAUUAGUGCGGCAGACACUGAUGAAGAAGGUCAACCGCUUGAAGAGAAGCCUUAAGAAACGCAUGACGGCGGUCAUAGAACCGGCACCCAAUUACCAGCAAACUCUGGCCAAUCUUCAAGCAAAGUAUCCCAUUCGCAAUAAGCCUCUGUUGAUCAAGUGCUCUGCCGCCUUGGUCUUUGUGAUCAGCUUGUUCUUCUUACACUCGGUUCCGGAACUCCAAAGACUGUCUUUGGGAUGGACCGCUCUGCUGGGUGCCAUAUUCCUUAUCAUUCUGGCGGAUAUUGAGGACAUGGAGGCAAUAUUGGCUCGCGUUGAGUGGUCAACUUUGCUCUUCUUCGCAGCUCUUUUUAUACUUAUGGAGGCUCUGACGGAACUGGGCUUGAUUGAGUGGAUCGGCAACAUGACCGAGGGCAUUAUCUUGGGUGUAGGCGAGGAUCAGCGACUAAUGGUGGCUAUUUUGAUAAUACUUUGGGUUUCUGCUGUGGCCUCUGCUUUUGUGGACAACAUUCCACUGACCACGAUGAUGGUUAAGAUUACCAUCUCGUUGGCCCAGAAUAGCACCUUGAAUCUGCCACUCCAGCCUUUGGUUUGGGCCCUGGCCUUAGGAGCCUGUUUGGGAGGUAAUGGUACUCUGAUUGGAGCCUCGGCCAAUGUGGUCUGUGCGGGAGUGGCUGAGCAGCAUGGCUACAAGUUCACCUUCCUGCAGUUCUUCAAAGUUGGCUUUCCCAUCAUGAUCGGCAGCAUUAUAGUCACCACGGGCUACUUGCUCGUUUCGCACUCGCUGUUCGCGUGGCAUUGAUGAAGGGCCCCCAUCUAGGAGUUGACUGUGUCGAUUCGCAACAAGGCGCACUUUACCUCGUUACCUAACGGACAGAAACUGUUCCAGAUGCCACACACUCAUCAUGUUUUCGGAUCCGAAAACAGCACCAAUCUAAAGAGGAAUCGAUAUCUUAUGCGCUGGUCAUAAGUAUUAGUUCUAAAACCAAAAAAAAAAAAAAAAAAAAUAAACUCAGAAACGAAGAAUAUUACAUAAAAAUACAUUUAUUUUUACACAUCGUUGUUAGUGUAGUGUGUAGUAUAAAUAACAAAACAAACAACAACAAUUACAUAAGAUAAUUAAAAUAAAUAUAAAUUAAUUAUUUACAAUUAAUAAUGUCGCUGAACUGUGAAACAAUUGUUAAAUGUUAAAUGUAUGAAUACGAAUUAAAUAAAAACGAAACAAAUAAACUA